UUAAUGUUAUGCAAUAUUUACUAGGUUCAUAGUUUAAUAAUUUGUCUAAACUCACUAAGAAUUGUUGCAAAGGGUCAAGUCAACUUGUACUCUAGGAUAAGUAGGAGCCUGUCUCCCAACAAUAGCUAACUCUCAAACUAAACUAGCCUGUCUAGUUCUUAGUCUAUACAAGAAAGAGCUCAACAUUAAAUGGUCCUUCGAACCGGAUCUACGACUCCGAACUCAUUGGUAUCCACGGCUCUAUCUUGUAGCCCUCUCUCACUCAUACAGUCCACACUCGAUCGUACGUCUGCACAAGAGUGCACGAACUCUGUACAAAGGUGCACGACCCAUCGUAUCGCACGACCUGCACAACGGUGCACAACUCCACAACUCGACGGCUGCACAAGAGUGCAUGUAAGUCUGCACAAAGGUGCAAAAAUUGUUGCCCUGCACAAAGGUGCAAAAUUGUUGCCCUGCACAAAGGUGCACGAACGAAACCAAAACAUUUAGUAUACUUCAUUCUUAUCUCUUAUGAUGUCUGAGCUCACUACUCUCAAAAGAAGGAGAGGCUCAGUAAAGGCCAGCAUCACAAGGUUGACUUCCAAGCUAACAGAGCUCGAAGGCAUGGACUUUGAUCAAUCUGUCUCAAGCCAAGCGCAACAGUUACUUAAGAGAUUGGAAUCACUUGAUACUAGCUUCAAGACGCAUAACAUGGCAAUUCUUGACGCUAUAGAAGAAAGCCAAGUCAAAGCUGAACAAGAGACACUUGAUGAACAUGACGACGAUGUCAUGAAUAUCUCACUCAGACUACAAGCCCUAACUACUCUUAACACUGACACUGUCGAGGCUAGACCUCUCCCUGAUCGUACUCUCAUUGGUCGCCGUCUGGCGCAGUUGCAAGCGAGACUCUUGUCAGUCACAGAAGAAGCAAAUACACUCUCUGGAGAUCCUGCAGAAGUUCACUUAGCCCACACCUACCAAGAAAUACUUGCAGAUCUCAAGGCAGAACUCGCAGACAUCAGGAAGGAAGCAGUAGUCAUUGCCGCCGAUUCAUCUGAUGAGCUCAGCACGGCUGUUUGUAAUCAAGACAAGGACAUUUUCAAUCUAUCAGUAAAGAUAAAAAAAAUCCUUUACAAUCCUGGAUACACUAUGGAAUCGCUCACCACCACGACACCUGAACCGCAUGGAGUUAGACUCCCAAGAAUUGACAUUGCUUCGUUCGACGGCGACCUGCUCAAUUGGCAAACUUUCUGGGAGCAGUUUAACAUUUCUGUCCACAGUCGCAAGAAUGUUGCUAAUGCGGAAAAGUUGGCUUAUCUCCGACACUCUCUGAAGGACGGCCAAGCCAAAUCAGUGAUUGAAGGACUCUCUCAAUCUGGUGAUCAAUACGCAGAGGCUAUUGAAUCUCUCAAGGCACGAUACGACAGGCCACGCUUAAUUCACCAAGCUCAUGCUCGGAAAAUCUACGAAGCUCCAAACCUAAAGGAUGGCAGUGGCAAAGAGAUCAGACGCCUGCAUGACUCUGUACAACAGCACUUGCGUGCUCUCAAGGCAAUGGGUGAAGAACCUUCUGGAGCAUUUAUAACUUCUAUACUGGAACUGAAACUGGACCAAGCCACGAUGUUUGAAUGGCAAAGGGCCAGUCAGGACUCUACCAGUGUUCCACACUAUCAAAAACUACUUGAGUUUCUCGAUCUUAGAGCACAAGCCUCAGAGACAUGUUUUCUUACUCAAGAAAGGCGUAGCGGACGAUUUGAGCACAAGAAACCCUACACCAAUCCUCACAAGAUUUCAGCUCACACUGGAAACGUCUUUGAACCAGCCGGAAACUGCGUCACUUGUAAAGUCGAGAGGCACCCACUGUAUGCCUGCCCGAAGUUCAAGAGCUUACCCCACGACAAGAUGUUGUCAACUGUUCGCUCUAACAAUCUAUGCCUAAACUGUUUUAGGCCCGGACACAUGGCCAGGAAUUGCCCAAGUCUCCAUCGUUGUAAACAAUGCCAAAAACCCCAUCAUACCUUAUUACACAUUGAAACCAAGGUAUCUGGUCGAACUCCCUCUGAAACUCCAGAAACUCCAGAAAACGAACACUCAUGCACUGCCAGCAUCGUUUCGACCAAUGCGCAGACAGGUACAAGUUCAAGGACUCUCAUGAUGACCUGUCAAGUACUAAUUCAUGCCCCCGAUGGCUCUCAAAUCAAGGCUCGUGGUCUACUCGAUUCAGGUUCAACAACCUCGUUUGUAUCUCAACGAUUGGUACAGUCACUCGGGCUACCAAAGUCGUCGAAGAAUCUUCAAAUCACUGGAAUAGCUGGAAUCUCUCACAACUCACCGUUGCAUUCAAUUUCCACAUUCCACGUCUCGCCAACGUUUUCACCCGAUGAAAGGAUACCAGUCACUGCAGUUGUUGUCCCGAGGGUCACUUGUGAUAUGCCUGCACAGCCUGUGGGUUUCAAUUCAAAAUGGAAUCAUUUAUCUGGCCUAGAGCUCUCUGACUCGGAAUUUGGAUGUCCUGGAAGGAUCGACAUUUUGUUUGGCGUCGAUGUCUGUGCAUAUUCACUAUUGCAAGGCCGGCGGCAGGGACCAGCUGACUCGCCAGUAGCAUUCGAGACCAUCUUCGGCUGGGUGCUUGCUGGCAAAACGGACAAGCUACAAGUCCUCCACAGUCAAGUAAGUAUCAACCCAUCACGUCACUGUCACUUCUGGAGAUGA